GUGGUGGGGUUGUGCCCACAAUCGGGGAUGAGGGGAAGACCCCUCACUCCGCAGGCCCGGCUGGCACAGGCAGCGCGAACGAGGAAUCAAGCCAAGGCCAGUGCCAGCCAAGAGCCUCCGAGGAGAGAACCCGAAUCAGGGAGAAGGAAAGAGGCUGUGGAAGUAGAGGACGACGAUGAUGAAGAGGAAGAGGACGAAAAGCUGCGUAAAGAGGAGGAUCAGAGAGCGGAACAGCGGGCAAGAAAAAAAAGAACCAGGGAAGAGGCCAAACCGGUUAUACAUGACGGACCACCCAAAAAGAAGAAAUACGCGGUUCGGUUGGAAGAGGGAUUUGACGUAGAGAGAGUAAUUGACAGGCUGUUGGAGGGGCAUAAUGACCUCAUGACCCUGAAGGAAAUCCUAGCGUCAGCCCCGCGGCUCCGCGAUGAACUGAAGGGGAGAUUGUCGCGGCGCUUGGUGCCCAAUGUCCAUCUGGGCACGAUUCUGCCCAAGGAGGCAGAAUGGGCAGAGUCAGGCACGAAGAUGGAUUGGAAGUGCGUGGCCUGCGACACGGUGGAUUUAGUGGUAAAAGGCUCCAAGUGUGCAGCAAUGGUGGACACCGGGGCGGAAAUGAACAUCAUCCGGGAGGUGGAUGCGAUCAGAUUCGGGCUGGAUAUAGGCCGUUCUGACUGCAGUAUUCUGCACGGAGCCAGCUGCAAGGCCGUAUUUUGUGGGACAACCUCGAAUGUACUCAUCGAGGUUGGAAAGGUGAAGGCUAAGGAUUGUUUCUUCAUCAUGCCGGACGUGGAUCACGGAAUCCUCCUAGGGAGGUCAUUCCUGAGCAGAACGGAGACCGUGAUAUUCAAUAAGCAUGACGAGACGUUAAUCCUCCUCUUAUGCGUUCCUGCCUGCGGGAAUUACGAAAUAAUUACCUGCAGGAACACCGGGCCAGGGAGUAUAAGGAACCGGCCCAAUCCAGGAUCAUUCACGAUCGAGGAGUCGGAAGGGGAGCGCCGAAGGCUCCGGGCAGAGCCCGAAGCAGGAGAGAGGGUGAAAGCAUUUUCCCUCAGCUUGUCAGAUAUUGGGAAGGCCAUGGACCUGGUGGCCGCCCAUGAGAUGGCAGAUCCGGAUGCCAUCCAGGUUUUGAGGGUGCAAGUUCUGGAAUGCCCCGAGGCAGGAAGGUUGGAGUUGCUAUAUCGGCUCCCAGGCAGCGGAGGGCACCCCGCAUCAGCGCAAACACAAUCUAGCAUCAUCAACUACUGUGUGAUUGUGUACAUGGAUGACAUCCUGGUGUAUUCGAGUUCCUGCGAGGGACACGUGCAACACAUCGAAUGGGCACUGCAUGCGUUACGAGAUGCAGGUUUCAAGGUGGCGCUUGAGAAAUGUCAGUUUUUCCUCACCACCAUUUCCUUCCUGGGGCAUGUGGUGACAGACAAGGGACUCCAACCGGAGCCGCAGAAGGUGGCAGCUGUCAGGGACGCGCCGGUGCCUACGACUAUUACACAAGUUCGCGCCUUUCUGGGCCUAGCCUCGUACUACCGAAGAUUUAUCAAGGGCUUCGCGGCGAUUGCGGGACCCCUCACAAAUCUGCUGCGCAAGGAUCAGUCGUUGAUCUGGACGCCGGAGUGCGAUCAAGCGUUUUCCAAACUCAAGGCUGCUCUCAUUUCGGCUCCGGUUCUUAUAAGACCGGAUCCCGAAAAACCUUUUGUUUUCAUCACCGACUGGCAGCCAGAGGCGAUUUCGGCGAUCCUUGCCCAGGUGGGACCGAGCGGACUCGAGAUUGUAGUGGAGUAUGCGUCCUAAUCAGUGCCCGCCUGCAAGUGCAAUUACGCCGC